GUCGUUACCGUCUCCAAGAGGAUAUCUUUCAACGACGUGAAGAAUUAAUAUUAUGUGUAAUGUAUUUCAUUUUUUAAAAAUUGCCAGACAGAUUGGUACAGACUUUGAUCUGCAAAAAAAUACUGCAUAUCAAUGCGUGAGUCAUGCAUUGGACAGCUAUGCGGAAUAUACAUCUGGCAGUCCAGUGGGUAGAGUUUAAAUGGAUAGCUUCUAGAAUAUCACCUCCAAUGCCCAUACCAUGUUUAUUCUGUCUCUAUAUAGUCUAUCUAGCACAUGCAAGUCAAAUCAUAGCUAUAAAUUUCAAUAUCGUCGCAGUUGAUGCUAAGCCACCCUAUGAGCUGGGUGCUUGGCAGUCCGUUUUGACUGACGCUUGGACGACUAUCAAAGAUCGCAAUCAAGAGGAUGUAGCACAUUGGAAUGGUUUCCAAUUGCAUGAUGUGCGAAAGAGCUAAAUUUGAACUUAACUCUGAGGGAGGUUGCUCCAAUGAACCAAGGGCCUUAGCCCGUGUUCGCCCUUGCAUGGAUCAUGAUGGGUGCAUGUCUGUGAAGAG